AUGGUUCGUGUUGCUAUCGCUGGAGGCCAUGGCGGUGUUGGCCGCACAAUUCUGGAGGUGUUGGAGGAAUCUUCCGAGCACGAAGCUCUUGUCCUAUCCCGCAAGUCCGAUGGUGAUGGCGGCAGAACAAUUCAAGUCGAUUAUAGAAGCGUUGACAAGUUGUUUGCUGUGCUAGAAACACAUCAGAUCGACACAGUGAUCUGUUGUUUUGCCGUGGAGGGAGAGUCUCUGGCGAUAUCGCAGCUGAACUUGAUCCAAGCUGCCAUCAAGUCCAAAGUUACGCGGCGAUUUGUUCCUAGUGGCUUCGCCAUUCCGUAUCCUCAGGAUGCCGUGGAGCUUUUGCCGCAACUUGCGGACUAUUUCAAAGCGAUUGAGAUUCUUCGACAGUCUGGUCUCCAGUGGACCGUCUUCCUCAAUGGCAUCUUUCUUGACUACUUCGGGCCAUCGACGCUCAAAUCAUACCUCAAACCGAAUGUCUUCGUUAUAGAUAUGAAAAACAAGAUAGCAGGAAUCCCCGGAGAUGGUGAAGCUCCAAUCACAUUCACCUACACCUUUGACCUGGCCCGGUACGUCGUUUCCAUGCUUGACAUGGAAGACUGGCCCGAAGAAAGCCGUGUGAUCGGCGAUACUGUCACCUGGCAUGAAUUCGUCCGGCUGGCGGAAGAGAUCUGCGAUUGUCGAUUCGAUAUCCAUUAUGACAGCAUAGAAAAACUCCGGGGGUUCGAGAUUACCGAGUUGCCUGGACAUCGAGCCCUGUAUCAACAUUUUUCGAAGAAAGCCUUCCAGUGGUUCAUGUCAACCUUCGAACUCUAUACCGCAAACGGCACGUCCUGCAUUACGACCCAAGACUCGUUGAAUAAGCUCUUCCCCAGCAUCCAGCCGCUUACUGUGCGAGACAUGCUGAGCAAAUACUGG